UUCGGAGUCAGUUUCUUCGCCAGUGCUUUGAUUCAAGUACCAAUGAGCGCCAUUCUGCAUAUAAAUGUCAUAUGUGCUGCCUAAUCUCCUGAAGGCUCCUCCAUAGGCAUCUCAACCUGUUCUAUAACAUAGAAGCUGGAGUUAUCCGUGUUCUUGACCAUCAUGCCGGAGUUGAAUCUUACGACCAUGGCGACUCACACAGAGCAGUACAGUAACGUCGGUAGAGUACCGCCAGUGGAAGGUUCCAACAUCACCCUCCACUCCACGCACUCUUCCAUCUCUUAUUUGCCGCCUAUCAGUUGCUACAGAAGAAUAUUCUGGCGAUGCACACCCAAGUUUGAGCCAUGGUUACUCAACGACUACCUCGGGAGAGAUGGUCGACGACACUCGUUUCAUUCCGUGAGAAACGGUUUGGGUAGCGAGGCAAGUGAAGCCCGAGAAGUCCGUUUUUCCGUUCGAGCGAGAGCUGUGUAUGUUUGGGGAGCUCCUAGAAAACAGUUGUAUCCUUUCGGCUUCGCUCGGCAGGAGAUUUGCAUGAGCGAAUUUCUCUGUCAGCCGAUCGACAUUGAGAGUGCAUACUUUGAUGUCCCUGACGAGAGUCCCGCACUUAUAUGGUUUAUUGAAAAUCUCGAUCACCGUCGAACCCAUUCUUUCGCUCUCAGGCUCAUCGAACCUAAGGGUAGGAAUGAUCGUAUUAUGAGCCUCCAGGAAAUCGUCUAUGACUCCGUUAGGCAAGAAGAAAAACAUCACGAAAUUCCGAAGCAAGCAAUUUUGAUAAAUAGAACUAUCGAAAAUACCGACAGUGACAUCCACCUUACACCACCCGAGCACUGCGUCCGGUAUUGGUUUUUCUUUUCGUCAUGCACUAAGAGGUGGGAGACUAUUUCAUUCGGCGUUCUAGCGGAAGACGCCAACGGGUACAAUCGUCGAGUUGUCCAAGAAUCAUUUUCCCAAGUUCGAACUGUAUCCGCGUCUCCGUCGGCGGCAGACGUCCCUGAAGCAUCCUUCUGGUUCAAAGGUUCAGUCGUUUAUGUAUUUGGAGUGCCUCCGUCCCACAUUACUCUCCCACAUGCCGCUCAAGAGAUAUGCAUUGACGGAGCGUGCGAGUUUCUUGAUGUCCACGAAGCAUACCUCAAUCCGCGUAUUUCCGGUCAUCUUCAAGAUCAUGAUGCUGACUUGGCAGCGAGCGAGGCUGUGAGAUCCUCAAACACGUCACUCAACAUAAACUCCGUCCUUUCGCCGCAUCCUGAUGAACGUUCUGUACUCCUUUGGUAUGCAGGAGGUCUUCAAUGGAAUAUACCGCACCAUGUAUCUCUCCGGAUGAUUGAGAGGAAUCCUCCUAAGGGUGGGCGAGUGCGUGCGAUGACGAUCGAUUAUGUGGCGUACACAUCAGUCACAUUGCCUCCCAAACCCCCUGUCUUUGAUGACCUGAGGGGACUAUUAGAUGAAUUUCUUUACAUUAUCGUAUUGAUCGCUCUCGUGGUUUUGGUAGUUCGAUCAAUCAUGAAGUUGGUUCUCUCCAGGGGCGGCGUACGGCGUAGUCAUUACCAGCCUGUUCCGUCACAAGUCUCCCCUAAAAGGCCUGGCACUGGUGACCCAAGUCCAUCCAAUUAUGGGUACCCAGCAGGAGCCCCUAAUCCUCCAAAUGCCCUGAUAAAUGAAACGUCACCGCUUUCAUGGGUACCACCCCAACCCUACCUGCCGCAACUCUUGCCAGCCGAUGAGCGCGAAGUCCACACCCCCUACCCUGCCUAUUUUCUCAUCCCAUACCCAGCCCAGCAUGGUGCUCCGGUGAUUUACGGUACCUUUCAAGGCCCUCCCCCUUAUCAAUUGCCAAACUCCAGCCCAAGCACUGCUUAUUUUGCAAGUAGAGUGACUGAACAACGCAAUAACCGUUAUGAAGGUUAUGAGCCGUCACUGUCCGAUGCCGCUACUUUGGUGGACGCCAGCACUUCGGUUGAAGCCAAUAGUUCGGUCGACGCCGGUAGUUCCAGUAGUUUGUAGGUUCAGGUAUCCUCAGGAUCAGCGUCCCUUGGUGUCACCUCAUCGUCCGCUUUCUCUCAUUACAUUCUUGGAGCUCUACGUUGUACUUCGAUGAUUCUCUAUUUUCGCAGUCUGACGUUCCUCGCCCUGUACACAUAUCAACCCAAUAGCAUGAUGUUGGUUCCCAC